AUGCUGCUCGGGGCGAGCGUGCUGAUUGGCCUGCUGAGCGGCGCCGGGGCCUUGGCCCGGCUGCGGGACGGCGUGGAGCUGCGCUCCGCCUUCUCCGUGGCGCGCACCAGCAGCAUGGAGGGCGGCCCCAAGAUGACGGUGACCUUCGACGCCGUCUACGUCAACAUCGGGGGGGACUUCGACACCAAGGCCGGCCUGUUCCGCUGCCGCAUCCCCGGGGCCUACUACUUCUCCUUCACCGUGGGGAAGUUCCCCCACAAGGACCUGUCCGUCAUGCUGAUGAAGAACAGGAACGAGGUGCAGGCCAUCGUCUACGAGGAGAACGCUGGAGAGGAGAGGAAGGUACGUGUCGUACUCUCAGUGUUCUGCAAAGCGUUUGGGAACCCCUGUUUUUGA